AGGAAGCAGAAGUGCACGUUGUUGGUUUUCGGGUAGAAUCGCGAAAGAAGGUCCCACGCAAUUGCGUGACUUUCACACACACACACACACAUACAUAGAAGCCACAAUUUCAUUUAGCGACUCCCCUGAAGACGUUGACUAGGUCUGUUGGAUUGAAAGACUUCACUGUGCAGCACCCACAUCGAAUUUAGCAUCCCCUUCACAGUCAGUUCCCAUUAUCGGUUUUUUCAGUCAUUCGCACAUCACGGCAGUCUCAACUAUUCAUAUAUCGUUACUACACUGCUAGCGUGCGUCCAAGACGUCUAAGGCAGAGAAUCAAGUGAGGAUACUUCUCACACACAUCUACUAUUUUGUCCACUUCUUUUCUAUCGGUCCUCGCGCUUUUUUUCUUUCCCCGCCCGUGUGCGAGGGACACAGUGCUGCUGUAAAAUAUAUACUCAACUCCUAUAACGCGUUCUCUAAUGUUACGCACAGGCGUCGCCACCUCGGCCUCGUCCACGGUGGCCAUUUACCAAACGACUUGCCGACAGCUUCACGGAUGUCGUUCGGGCUUACAGGACGCACCUGCCAGACGUUUUAGGGCCCCCCAACCCUCCACCUCGACUCUCACCCUCGCGCUGACCCUCCACGCCAAGUCUCAGCAUUGGCGCUCACGGUGGCGCACGGCAGCAAAGCACACGGACAUUCUCAUCGGGUCUUCUCUUACGCACCUGCAGUGUCACCAACGAGCUGCAGCCACCAGCAGGUUGGGCAGUUCACCCGAUGAUAGCCAAGUCUGCAAAUCCGAAACGGAUCGGGCGACGGACCUCGCAGCCGCCGAAGAUGAAGUCCGGCACCUUCGUCAAGACGUCAGCGCUAUUGAUGCGAAGCUCGACGACGGCGACAGCACCGCAGCAUCGGGCGGCGCAGGGCUCUUGAGUUCCUCUCUUUCGGUCCGUCCGGACUCCAGCGACAAAGACUCCCACAGCGGCGAGGAGCAGCGCCUGUGGGAGGAACCAACACUGACCGAUCUGGAUCGUUCCAUCCCGCAGGUGGACAGUGAGUUCAUAGCCAGCCUCAUCCGCAGCCGCAACCUGCGCCGUGGCGAUUUCCUCACCCGAAAGGCGGUGUUGAAGCAGCACGUCGACCAACUCACCAAAAAGGCAGCCCCAUCUAUCAGCGACGCCCCCCGCCUGCCCCUCGUUGGCGGCCUCAGCAUCGGCUGGCUGACAAAUCUGCAGAACAGCCUGGGUGGCAGCGAUGACGGCGGCGUGGUGGCGACGAGCGCGGACGCUCCUGUGGUGGUGUCUUCUGAAGUGCUGGAUAAGCUAAGUGUGGAGGAGAAGGAUCUCCUGUUCGCCACCCGCCCCGAGUACGACGACGGCUUCGUCCUGAUCGACUGCCGCACGGUGAACGAGGUGACGUCGUGGGGUAUCAUUGAGGGAGCCAAGGUGCUGCCGGCGCACGAGCUCUUCGAGGCGUUCCACGCCACGCCGGAAGAGUUUCUCCAGGACUACGGCUUCGCGAAACCGCGACCGGAUGAUAUCAUCAUCUGCUACUGCCAGUACGGCCCUCGCUCUCUCAUGGCGGCUCAGAUCCUCAGCUGGAUGGGCUACCUGAAGGUCCUGCACUACCGCGAGGGCUACUACGAGUGGGGCAAGCAGUACAACCUGCUGCUGCGUCGGUGGAUGGAGCACGACAAGGAGAGCGGCAACGAGCUGCGCCGAUUGGCUACCUUUCGCGCUGGACUCGAGCUCCAGCGCGAGAUCGCCCCUGAGUUCAACGCUCUGCCGAUGCAGGAGGCACGGAAGUACCUGCGUGACACCACCCGCAGCCCUGGCACGUUGUUGGUCGGCGAGGGCCUGCGGACGGAGGCGUACGCGAUGGUAGCAAAGCUGACGGAGGGCUUGGCUCCACCGGCGAUGCCAGGUGUGGUGGACGGCGUCGAUGCUGCUGCCGGCUCCCUUGUUGGGGCUGACGGGGACAGCGGCACCGUGUCCGGUCUCGCCAGCACGAACACACAGACCCGCCGCAUCGGUGAAGGUCAGCUGGCGCAGUUCCUCGAGCAGGCCACAGGCAUCAGCCCGCAGGCAGAGAUGCAGCGGCCCGCGUCGUCCAUCACGCUGGGCGAGGCCCAGACAACCGUUAUCGACUCCCUGGCAUCCGGCGCGGAGCUGGGGGCGUCGCCAGAUGCUGUGGUGAGUCCUCUGCAGAAGCGUUCGCGACCGAACUAA